AUGUCCGGAUCUAUUAUACGUUUCAUUGCAUUAGCUCAAUCAUUGAGUGGAUUAUCAACAAACUCAAUCGGAUUACCUUCAUCUACAUUAAACUGGAGUAAUAGCCCAAAGGGCCAAGAAGCACCUGAACUAUCAAUCGUAUCCCCAGAAGUAUUAGCUAGUCAAAUUGAGCCACAAGCAGCCACAGAACAAGAAUCAGACUACCAAAUUGAGGAUUUAGAAUUAACCAAGGUUGUCAUUACUCAAAUAUCUAUCCUUUUAACCACAUUAACGGAAAAGAAUUUAACCUCCCAUUUUAAACAAGUUAAGUUCAUCCUAGCUAAACAAGCAAACAAUCCUAUUGUUGUCAAUAACUAUUUUGAGAAGCUAGUCAAUUAUCUUAGAUUCACAGACUUUUCAUCCACCAGUCCUCGCACAUUAAUAGAGGAAUAUUUCAGAAAAGAGGUUGAUUAUCUUGCUAACGAUCUUCAAUAUUUGGACUUGCUAAUUGUUCACUUAUCAGUAUUAUUUGAGAAUAAGAAAGUUUCCGUUGCUGAUUUCAUUAACAGAUUCGACUUUGACUUAAUCGUUUCUUUCAUUUUCCUUAUUCAGUUUCAAGCAUCUGACCCUGAAGGAGCAAAAAGUUUUAUCAAGCACAAUUCACUCCGAGUUUUAGCUAUUGUCAAGCAACGUCAAUUUCCAAAAAGUUACAAUUGGGUUUUACUUUUGGAUAAUAUAUUAAACACUCCAUUUUUCCCAUUCAUCAACAAGCUAUUGACUCUAAGCUAUUUAAAGGCUUUCAGAAGAGAUAUUGAACCAGUAAACCGCUUUUACUUAAACAUAUUAGAUAUGUCAUUCAAAGAUUUAUUACUUGAAAUAGGCCCUGAGAGCUUAUUGCCAGAGAAGUUGCUUCCAAGUUUAUUGCAGAUAAAGCCAAAUGAGAUCGACCAAAGCAUUGCAUUGAUUUUGUCAGAAAUAUUAAUUUCUGGAUCCCAAGGCUUGUCUGGAUUGUCAAUUUCGAACAAUUUACCUGAAGCCAAUGCUAAAGGAGCUCAAUUACAAGCAUGUUUACGUUCUUUGGACCAACAAGGUAAAUUCUCGAUCAAAUGGUACCAGGUCUUCUCAAUUGUUCACGAGAAUCUCUUUGAGUCAUCCCAAAGAAAUGUCCAACCGACAAUGGCAAGCAUUACCCAGUUUUUGUCUUCGUUAGACUACGAUGUUGAAAUUAUAGACAUUUUCUUAAGUUACGACUGGUGGUUUAGUAAAACUUUGUUAUACAUUUUGCAUACUAUGGAUCCACAACAAGGUGGGUAUGAUAUCUCAAACUCCAAGAACUUAAAUUAUUGUUUUGACAGUGAGAAAACAUCAACUCAGCCACCUCCUGGGGCACCUCCAAGACGUAACAUUUUGAAAUUCAUAAACGUGGGUAAGUUGGAACUUCAAGUAAUAACCAAUAUCCAAAGACAACAGCAGGAACAACCUCCUCUUCAAGAGCAAGACCCGGAACGUAAACUCAAUCUUUUCUUGACCCAAAUUUUCGAGCAUGACUAUCGUGUAUUCCCAGAAUAUCUACUUGUUGCCGCUUCAACAUUUACUGAAAAGACUCCAUUUAUCCGUGACUUAAUUGACACUUUAUUCAAUUUGUUAAUGGAUAGCGAUAAUGCGCAUCUCGUGGAAGUUCUUAACAUGUUCAAGGAAUUAGACAUUCAAUUGGUUAUCACUAAGUUACUUGACUAUUUUGCUUUGAGACAGAAUGUUGAGUCCAUCUUCAAGAUAGCGUCCUAUUCCUCAAAAGUUGGUUUACUUGGCGCUGUUUUGGCCAGAACUUGGACAUUGGAUUUGAAGCUCGCUGUUAAGUUUCUUGUUGAAUCUUCCUUGUAUGAUAUUGAUUACAAGUCUGUUGUUGAGGCAAAAAUCAAGGAUCAACAACAAAGGGCCUUGUUUUAUCCAUCAUUGUUGGAAGCUUUGGAUGAGAGGGCACAGAAGGACUACGAGAAGAGUCAACAGGUUCUUUCAGGAGCAGUACAACUGCCUCCAGAACAUUAUAAAUCUUUGAAGAUUCCUGUUGUUUACUACUUGUUGGAAAAGUUGAAAUCGAGCAAAGGGUUAGUUGACUCCGAGAAGUUAAAGAAUCUACAAUUAUUAUUGUUAACGACUUACCCAAGAUUGAUUAACUUCGGCAAUGGCCAUGAUGAAGCUAUUUUGCUUAAUACGGAAGUUUCUAACUUCUUUCCACCAAAUGUCGAGCAAGAAAUGAAGUCCUACUACUCCAAAAUGUACAAUAAGGAAGUUGAAAUCAAGGACAUUGUGGACAUGCUUAUUGAUAUGAAAGGAAGUGAUAACGCACACAAGCAAGACGUUUUCGCAUGUAUGAUUCAUUCAUUACUUGAUGAGUACAAGUUCUUUUCAGAGUACCCAUUGUCUGCCUUGGCAUCUACCUCCCUCUUAUUUGGUGCAUUAUUAGAAAAGGACUUGAUUCAAGGCACAACCUUGACUGUUGCGUUGAACUUCAUCUGGGAAUCCUGUAACCAGCCCCAAGACUCCCACUUAUUCAAAUUUGCUGUACAAUCUUUGUACAAUUUCAAGUCCAGAUUGCAUGAGUACCCAAUGUACUGUAAACACUUGUUGGAGUGCCGUUCCAUUUCAGCUCAUGCAAAGAUGUAUCAAAUUGUUAAAGAUGCUUCAAACGGAAUUCCUUGUAAUGGCCAGACUAUUACUCCAAUCCCCGAAUCCGGUCCUAGAUACCAGUCUAUUACUGUUACUGAUAGAACAGUUGGCUUCUUCAAACAAGAAGAGCCAACCGAGGCAGUAUCUGAUAAAUUGUUAUUCUUUGUUAACAAUAUGACUGAGGAUAAAUUGAAGGUUUCAGAAAUCAAAGAGCUAUUGGCUGAGAAGUAUUUUGCAUGGUUUGCAGACUAUUUAGUUGCAGACAGAGCUAAGGCGGAGCCAAACAAUCAUGAUUUGUAUGCAAACUUGGUCAAAGGUUUUGACAACGCCAUUUUCUUCGAAUACAUCUUGAAUGUGUCAUUAAAAGAAGUCGAGCGUUUGAUUAGGAAUUUUAAGGACAGUUCCACAGAAAGAAACCAAUUGAAGAACUUGGGAGCUUGGCUUGGUAAGAUUACUCUUGCCAAUGAUAAACCAUUGAGAAGAGACCAGAUUGCCUUGAAAUUUUUACUUGUUGAGGCAUUUGACUUUAAAUCUUUGCAUUUAAUUAUUCCAUUUGUAUGCAAGAUUUUAGAUCAAGUUCAAUACUCCAAAAUUUUCCGUCCACCAAACCCAUGGGUUCUUGGAAUCAUUAAAGUUUUGGUAGAGCUUUACGAAUGUGCUGACUUGAAGCUUAACUUGAAGUUCGAGGUUGAGGUGUUGUUGAAUACUCUUGGUUUGAAGAUUAAAGAUAUAGAGUCUUCUACAUUGAUCAGAUCGCACAACUCGAACCCAACGGCUUUAGCAGCUAUGUUUGGUAUCCAUCCGGAAACUGUGACCUUGGCUAAUGAUAUUUCAAGAUUAGCUUUAGAGACAUCCGAACCAAUGGAUGCUGCUCGUGCUGGAAUUGCAUCUAGGCAACACUUUGGCCAAGAGCCAUUGCAGUCUCAAGUUCAGGCACAAGCACAAGCGCAGGCAGCACAAGCACAGGCACAAGCACAGGCCCAAGCCCAAGCCCAAGCACAGGCCCAACAAGCACAACAUCCCCCAGGCCCAACCCCAGGCCAGCCAGCCCAAGUUGGGGAACAAUCUCUUGAUACUUCUUUCAGUACUUUGCUUGGAAACAGUGUUUUCACCCAGCAUGCUAAUUUGAGAAGAGCAUUCCAGGCAUCUUUGACAAGAGCAGUGAGAGAAUGCGCAGUUCCAAUUUUGACUAGAGUAUCGGAAGCUGUUCUUACUACAACUGAGGCACUUAUAAAGAAGGAUUUUGCUACUGAAAGAGAUGUGACCAAGUUCUGCAAGAGUUACCAAAAUAUGGCACAACAAUUAUCGCAUAUUAUGGUUCUUUCAAGUGGAAGGAAGCUUUUGGCUGAAACCAUCGAAGCUACAAUGCUUCAAUUGUUAGGUAGCAACGAUUUUCCUGUUGCAGAAUUGAAUGCCGCUAUUCAGGCAAAUGUUGGAUUAUGUGUUGACAUAGUUGACAGAAUAGCGUCUGAUAACAUCAGUGAAUUAAUUGAUAAGAAGAUGCAAACCCACGUCCUUGCUAGAGAGCAGCACAAUUCGAAUGAGCCAUUCGUAGCUGAAGGUUCUUCUGAUUACGCAUUGAGAUUGCCAGAACCUUUAGGAUUGAAUGCGGAUGGUCUUGGUCCAAAUCAAUUGAAGAUUUAUGAAAAUUUUGGUGCUAACGCUGCUGGUGUAAAGGUUGAACAGCCUCCAGCUCCAAUCGAGACUGUGGCACCUGUUGCAGCACAAAUUCCUCUUGUUCCUGAAGAAGUGAUUCCUCUUGAACAACUUUUCGGUGCGUUUACUCAACACUGUGAAAAGGCAAUUCUGUUAUUGUCAGAAGUUUCCGAAACCAAGUUGUCAAGUCUUAGCCCUACUCAUCCAAUCAUGACAACUUUGUCCCAGGUGUUGUCAAUCGCGCAAAGUAAUGCCUUGAAGUAUCCAGAGUUGUUAUUGAAAGCAGCACAAUAUGCUGUCAAUUGUCUUUUUACUCAGGCUCACGAAAAUCCUAUGAGUAAUGAAAUUUAUGUGGUAGUAUUAGACAAAUUGUGUGAAUACUCACCCUCAACAGCAAAAGAUGUUACUUGGUGGCUUGUUCAUUCCUCAGACCAGCGUAAGUUUAACAUGCCUGUUAUAUUCUCUUUGUUGAAAGUCCAAUUGGUCCAAUCUACGAAAUUGGAUUCUUCUAUUAGCAAAUUGAUUGUUGAAUCAAACAAUCCAGUUGUUGUCAAGUUUGCUGCUGGGUUGUUGAUCAAUGUAUUCACAUCGGAGGAGUUACGUCCAAUUGCCCUUAGAUCUGAAUUUGGACUUACGUUAGAUGCUUUAGCUAAAUUCACUGGGGGUGACUCAAAUGAUGAUCUUAAGCAAGCUACAUUAGCCCGUGAUAAUUUGUUUGAGUUGUUGAAAAACACCACUCUUCCCGCUACGAAUCAAUUAUAUGUCCAAUUGGGUUAUGUGUUUGCUGAAUGGGUUAAGCUCUUAACUCAUGGUGAAAAGUCAGAUGACUUGCAAGAUCAAUUUAUUCAAGGAUUAUUAGAAACUGAGAUUUUGACUAAUCCAGAAUAUUUCCAAGUUUUCUUCAAAGCUGCAAUUGAAAUUUCUGUCACCUCUUUUGGGGCUGAACACGAAGUUAGGACUAGAACCCAACAUGAAACUUAUUUGGCUGUUGAUACAUUGGCUAUGUUGAUAGUGAAGAUUAUCUUGAAAUUUGAAGUCAAGGAAGAAGCGAUCGAUUACUUGAAGAAUAUCAUUGGUAUUAUUGUGUUAGCUUUGACCAAUGACCAUGAAAAUGCCAAAUCAUGGAAUGAACGUGCAUACUUCAGGUUUUUCUCUUCAUUGUUGGCAACCUGGAGCGAUGUUUCUGUGGCCGAGGAAGCUAAGGUGUUGGACAAGGAAUUUUACAUCUUCAUUGGAGAAGUCUUCAACUCACUCCAACCAAUUGUGUAUCCUGGAUUCACUUUCGCAUGGGUUUCUUUAGUUGCUCAUCGUAUGCUUUUACCAAAGCUUCUUGAGUUGCCACAAGAGGAAGGAUAUGCUACUGUUGUAAAGUUGUUGACCGCUAUUUUGAAAUUCCAAUCCGUCUACUCUAAGAAUGUCAAUCAUGAUGUUAUUAGCGUUAUCUUUAAAGCUGUCAACAGAAUCUUCACUGGUUUGCUUCAUGACUACCCACAAUUUUUGGUUGAGUGUCAUUAUCAACUUGUUACUGCUGUUCCAAGAGGUUAUGUGCAAUUGAGAAACAUCAUCUUGUCAGCCACUCCGGUUAAUGUUUCAGUGCCAGAUCCAUUCACUCAGGGCUUGAAAGUCGAAAGACUUCCUGAAAUCAAUGAAUCGCCAAAGAUCGCUUAUAAACCGGUUGAUGACUUGGUGAAGGUUGGUUUGAAGAAGCCAGUUGACAAUUUCUUGAGAAUUCCAGCACCUGCUUUGAUGAGAACAAUUUACUCUGGCAUUAAAUUGAACCAUCCAAAGGAGGUUAACGGGUUUGGUGUUGAUAUUAUCCAUUACAAUGUGAAGUUGAUCAAUGCUUUGGUAUUGCAUGUCGGUAUCUCUGCAGUUGCUGAUCGCUUGCCUAACAAUGUUCGCGGGUUUAAUACUAAAUCCUCGCAGGUGGCAUUGUUGGUUGACUUGAUGAACCAUGGAUCACUGGAGUUCAAGUUCCACUUGAUCAAUGCUAUUGCCAACCAAUUGCGUUAUCCAAACAGCCACACUCAUUGGUUUAUUGGGAUCAUUUUGCACUUUUUCAGUUCCAGCUCGAUCUGGGGCUCGCCUGCUGCCAAGUUGACUAUCCAAGAGUUGAUUACUAGAGUGUUGUUAGAGAGAAGAAUCGUCAGCAAGCCACAUCCUUGGGGUCUUACCAUUGUGUUUACCGAGUUGGUGAAGAAUGACGACUUUGGUUUCUUCGAGUUGCCAUUUGUCAAGGAAGCCACUCCCGAGCUUCGCAGUAUCUUCGAGGCUUUGGCCGUCAACGUCAAGGGCUCCACCCCUACUAGUGACAGCUAG